GCGUGGAGUGCAGCAUCCAAUCGCCCAGCUCAAGCCUUAGGCGGAGGAAUUCUUUAUCUCACCUCCCUCCCUAUAAUACAAAGGACUUUAAUUCCGAUCAGCCGCUGGCUAGAACGGUGUGGAACAGCUCACAGCGGGAUCUGCAGGCCACCUUUCUCGAAGAGGCACAAAGGAACACGAAGCUUGGAGAAGCUGGCGGCUUGCUUGCAGGGCAGCCAAAAGAGUUUGGAGAGCGGAACCUGGAGCUGGAAGUUGACAUGAUAGAAUUUGAGCUGUCUUCCCUUAAACAGAAGAUGGAGAGUUCCUUUGUCCACCUAGAGAAGGAGAAAAAGUGGUUGGAAGAUAUUCGUUCAGAAGGCCGGAAACGAAAAGGCGAACUGGAUGAUAAGAUCUUCAAGGUGGAAAUGGAGCUGGCAAAGGCAAAGUCUUAUUUUAGUAAAAGGGACCACCACUUGCUUUCCCAGGGCUUCAGUCGGAAGGGAAAUGUGAUCCAGGAAAAGCUGGAUGUUGGCCACGAGCUGAGGAACCUUCAAGAAAGUUUGGCUGCUCUGAAGAACUGCAUCAAGGCCUUGGAAGAAAAACGAGAUGAGAUGGUCCAGCAGUUGAAAUGUGUUAAAGAGGGGCAGCCGAGCACACCCAACCAUCAAGCAGCCACAAAUUCACUGGAAACCAAGGAAGCAAGAAGCCAACUCCAAGCUGCUGAGAAGGACAUCAAACGGGAGAACGUUGUGCUGCAUCAGCAGGUCCAGCAUCUCAGCCUGGAGUUAGAGCACAUACGGAAAAAGCAAGAAGCAUUCAGUGACCAGAUCCUUGCUCUCAGAUCAGAGCUUGCAAGUAGUAAGACUCAGAUCAAUCAACAGGAGCAAGAGAAAGUCGUCAUAAAGGAGGAGAUGGAAUCUGUCAGACAGCUGAACGAGGAGCUUUCUUCCAAAGUAGCUGAAAGCCACCAACGGCUACAAGCUCUUUCAGAAAAGCUGCGUCUUUCGGAGGAAGAGAAGAAAUUCCACGCUGACCACAUCCAGGCUUUGGAGGACGAGCGAACCCAGUUGUUGGGAGAGAAGGGGCAACACCUUCUUGGAAGGGCCUCAGAGCAGCAGUGCCAGGAGGAGGCGAUGAAAGCUCUGCAGGGAAGCUGUGACAAUCUCAGGGAAACUCAGGUCCAGUGGCAAAAGGAGAAGGAUCUGCUACAUGUUCACUGCCAGGAGCUUGAAAGAUGGGCUGAAGAGUUGGGAAAGCAAUUGGGCAAACAGCAGUCAGUCUCCCAACAUUGGAAAAACAGAUGGGAGCAGGUGGAUGCCACUUUGAAGACCAAGGAAGAAGCGCUGGAGAAGAUGAGUGCCCAGAGCCAGGUCCUCCUAGCCAAGGUGGAAGCCCCUUUGCUCCUCCAGAUACAGCUGGAGGCUUGUAAGCAGGAGCUGGAACUGGAACAGAACCGUCGGCAGGCUUUGCACCAUCAAGUUCAGGCUCUGCAGGCUGGAAGCCAAAACAGCGCUAAGUCUACCGUUGAGAUGUUCCCAAAAGAAGCCGGCCCAGGUUUGCCUGUGGUCCCAGAGGAGCUGCAGAAGGCCUGGGACCUGCUGAAGAAACACGAGAUGAUGCUUGAAGAGCAGCGACUGGAGCUGGAAUCCGCCAGGAUCCAAAACACAGAAGGCAGUUUGGAGAAGCAGAGGCUGGAACAACUUGUUCAUGCUUUGGAGGAGCAACUUGCUGAAAAGGACCAGGCUUUGAGAGACCUCAGGCAAGCCAAAGAUGUGGACAGAGCUGUGUUGGAGAUGAGAACUUCUUCAUCAGAGCUGAAGAUAACAAGAGAAGGUGUGGGUGUCUGUUACGAGAAGGUUGGUUCUGGUCAAGAGGGCAUGUCAGUUGGAUCUGGCAGGCCUCAAAUAUGCUUUUGCUACAUGUAGAAGGCCCCUCCAUGUUCAGAGGCAGAAAACUCCAGUUGUUGUGGGACAAGGGAGCUUCUUGGAGACAGCCAAUGGGCCAUGGUGAAAAACCAAUCACAGGUCUAGAUGGGCCUCUUGCUUGACCCAAUGGAGUUUUUGAAUUAGAAUUAAGGUAGGUCU